UCCCCAAAUCAGGCCACUGUCUUCUCCCCUUUUAUUUUUUCCCGGCCAGUUUUUAUCUUUUCACCCUUUUGAUUCGCCCGCUCAUCACCGUCUUCCGAACAUGGCCCCAGCGUCCAAGGCGCCCGAGUCCGCCUCCCCGACAACGACCGGGCCCGAUGGCUCUGUGGAUAACAUUGCCCAGGCCUACAAGGACCUGCUAAGAGGCGAGCAGGCCGCCAGCGCACUCGAGGCCAACCUGACAAACCUCGAGGGUCGACUCGAUGCACUGCUAGCCGCGUUCGAAUCGGCUCAAGAGCCCAACGAGGACGGAACCGUGGCACCGCCCGGCCAAGAUGCGAAGAAGGCGGACGACACGGUCCCUAACAAACCUUCCAACGGUGGAACCCAGAGCUCCGACUCCGCGUCUUCCGAGGCGGCGAAGAAAGCCUAGGUUCAGAUCUGCCUUUUGACGAUGCGCCGCCGCCGCCGGCUAUUAGGCACUUAGACUGGGGUUGGGAUACGCAUUGAAAGAAGUCAGCAUUUGGUUGCGGUGUCACGAACCGACGGUGUCGCGGUGUCACGGUGUUCUGGACCCGACCCAUCCCUAUUGCAUCUGCAUUGCAUCGUAUUCUUUGCUCUUUGCGGUUCCGCAUGGAAGCGAAU